AGCUGUCCCCGUCACGUGACUUGGUGUUUCUCUCUGCUAACAACAUGGCUGCCGAGGACCUACCUUCUGAAUUUGACGUCGUCAUUCUGGGCACAGGUCUUGCUGAGUCGGUGGUAGCAGCGGCCUUCUCCAGAGUGGGACAGAGAGUUCUUCAUGUGGACAGGAGGAGUUAUUAUGCAGCUAACUGGGCCAGCUUCACCUUCAACGGCCUGCUCACCUGGAUACAAAAGCAACAUGAGGAGGAGUCUCAGCCAGAGGAGCCUCAGGAUUGGUCGAGUCUUGUGGAGGAAGGGGAGGAGCUGAUCCACCUGUCAAACUCAGACUCCUCCUCAAUCAGUAACGUGCAGGUGUUCUGUUACACCAGUGAGGAGGAGGAGGAGGAGGUGGAGGAGAAAUGUCUAAACACCACAGAAGAAGAACGAGGAGGAGUAGAUGAAGUCGCUGUCAAAGAAACGUCAGAGACAGAAUGUGCAGAGCCAAAAGAAGAAACGACGGAGGAAGCAGAUGGAACAGCAGACAGAGAAGAAGAGGCUUCACACACAGAAGGGGAGGAGCCAGAGGCCGAUCAACCCGCCCCCUCAGCAGCUCAAAGCCAAUCAGUACCAACGAAGAAGAAGAUCGGCUAUGCUCAGCUGGUGAAGGAAGGCCGCAGGUUCAACAUCGACCUGGUCUCCAAGCUCAUGUAUUCUCGCGGCUCAUUGGUCGAUCUGCUCAUCAAAUCAAACGUCAGUCGCUAUGCAGAGUUUAAGAACGUCACCAGGAUACUGACCUACAGGAACGGCAGCGUAGAACAGGUGCCGUGCAGCAGAGCUGAUGUUUUUGCGAACCGUCAGCUGUCUGUGGUAGAAAAGAGGAAGUUGAUGCGUUUCCUCACUUCCUGUGUGGAAGAAACGGAGGAGCAGCAGGCAUACAGAGGUCGGCCAUAUUUGGAGUUCCUGCGUGAUCAGCAGCUCGGUGACAACCUGCAGCACUUCCUGCUUCACUCAAUCGCCAUGGUAACAGAAGACACGCCCACAGAAGAGGGACUCGCCUCAACACGUCACUUCCUACGUUGCCUAGGUCGCUACGGCAACACUCCCUUCCUGUUUCCUGUUUACGGCCUUGGAGAGAUACCCCAGUGUUUCUGUAGGAUGUGUGCUGUGUUUGGAGGGAUCUACUGUUUGAGACACUCGAUCACCUGUCUGCUGCUCGACAAGGACUCCAACAGGUGUAAGGCUGUGAUUGACAGCCGAGGACAGCGAAUCAGCUGCAGCCAUUUUGUGGUGGAAGAUGGUUAUGUGGGGGCGGACCGCAAGAAGCUGGCCACACCCACCAGGUUGAUCUCCAGAGCUGUGUUGAUAACUGACAGCUCCGUCCUUCUCAGUGACUCAGACCAACAGGUCUCCAUGGUAACGGUUCCUCCAAUAGCAGCAGGGUGUCCAGCGGUGAGGAUGGUGGAGCUCUGCUCGUCUACGAUGACCUGCAUGCCAGGAACAUACUUGGUCCACCUCACCUGUCAGUCAGUCGGCUCCGCCUACGAGGACCUGUCACCGGUGGUUACCAAAAUGUUCCGAACUGCAGAGUCUCCUGAGCAAGAGAACUGUCCGUCUGUCCUCUGGUGUCUCUACUUCAAUGUGACUGACGGGUCGGGGCUGGAGGUCGAAGGUUACGACCUGCCUUCUAAUGUGUACGUGUGCUCUGGACCUGACGCCGCUCUGGGACACGAUCACGCCAUCAAACAGGCCGAGUCCAUCUUCCAGAAGAUUCUUCCUGAUGAGGAUUUCUGUCCUCCUGCACCAAACCCCGAAGACAUAAUCUACGACGGAGACAACCCCUCCUCCUCCACCGGGGAGGAGACGGAGGGAGCAGGAGAGGAGGAAGCAGGAGAGGAGGCUGAGGGAGCAGGAAAGGAGGCGGAGGGAGCAGGAGAAGAGACUGAGGUAGCAGGAGAGGAGGCGGAGGGAGCAGGAGAAGAGACUGAGGUAGCAGGAGAGGAGGCUGAGGGAGCAGGAAAGGAGGUGGAGGGAGCAGGAGAAGAGACUGAGGUAGCAGGAGAGGAGGAGAAGCAGCAAGAGAGCCUUCAGACUGAGGAGUAACAUCUACUAACACUGAAACGUUCCACAGAAGCCAAACCUGGUGCAAUGCAUUGUGGGUAAAAGUUGCCUUGAUUAGUGUCAAUCUGAAUGAUUAUUAUUUUUCUAUCUUUGUUUCUGGAUGUGUUAUUUAAAAAAUUUAAAUGUUUUUAUUUCUGUGGAAACAUUAAAGCUUCGACCUGCUCCACUCUGAGCGCGCUCACUGAUACUCUCGUCUCGCUUUAACCUUCAUGAACACGUCCUCAGAUCUCACGUCGAGCUGCUGGUCAACCCCUCCAGCAACACUUCUACCCACAAUCCCCAGGGAGAGACCAGCUGCAUGAUGGGAAACUAAAGGGUGGUUAUGGCCCACAGACAUGCUUGUUAAAAUGUCAGGAUUCUGCUUGUUCAGUCUCAGCACGCUGCUGCCUCCUGCUGGCUGACAGCAUGAACUGCACCUACAGGGGGGCGCACUGUCAAUAUGAACAUGUCAGCGUUUAAAGCUCAUCUCAUGUGUUGUCGACACCUGAUAAAGUCACUUCAUGGUAACAUGACAAUAAACAUAUUAAAUCUGA